CUUCGCGGGAAGAAGAAAAACAUGGCGACAAUGGCGGAUUGCUUUCCAAAAAGUCCAGAUCCUAUGUCUCGACACCGUUCGCAGUACAAGUGUAGCACACCACCGUGGAAAGAACAAUACAGAAAGGUAUUUCAAGGUCAUAUGCCAUAGUUAUUUGUCUGCGUGUAUUUUUUGUGAAGCGAAACAGGAACGUACAGUGCAACAAUUGGAAGUGUGUCCGAUAUGAUUCUUAAUUAAGCUAAAUUAGCUUAUGUGUCUUUGUCCAGUAAUGCCUUGAUGAAAUGAAAUAGUCUUGACUUGUUAUACUGUUGCUGUUUUCAAAGAGAUGCUUGGACAGACUCAAAAAUGGAAGACAGAGAUGUGUGGACCGGUUCAGGCAAGGCAGUAAGACUGAUCACUCCUCCAUGGUGAACGAAGUGAUGAAUGAAGAAUGGUUGAGACUUAGUGAAGAGAAUAGUGAGCUUCCUCUGUGGCGCCCAAGUAGACAGUCAUGCACACCUUUUGCUGGGGUGAGGACGGACAUGUCAACACGAAAAUGGGUGUUACAGUAACAUAAAUUCACUGGCUUGAAAAAUGACUUCUCAAACUCGUUAAUGAUUCACAAAGAAAAUACAAACGAGAUUAAUGUUUAAUGAGUGUUUGGAAUUCAGAUGAAAAACUACCCAUUUUUGCAUCCUCAAUUUCUCCUUCUAACAUUAUUUCGUUUGAGAAGUAAUAUCAGGGUGUUACUAAAACGAAGACCCAAAAACCUAAGACCUAAGACCCCUUGGACUAAAACGAAGACCCUAUGGACUAAAACGAAGACCCCUUGGACUAAAACAAAGACCCCUUGGACUAAAACGAAGACCCCAUGGACUAAAACGAAGACCCCUUGGACUAAAAUGAAGACCCCAUGGACUAAAACGAAGACCCCUUGGACUAAAACGAAGACCCUAUGGACUAAAACGAAGACCCCUUGGACUAAAACGAAGACCCCUUGGACUAAAACGAAGACCCCUUGGACUAAAACGAAGACCCAAUGGACUAAAACGAAGACCUCAUGGACUAAAACGACUGAUGCUAACCGCUGAGGGCAAUGCCCGCUCCCGUAAUUUGAUACAGCGAUUUGAUGUUGUGGAAUUUCCUCUGCAGUAUUUAGUUGUGAUAGUCAAGUCUAUCACUUACCUUUCCUUCAGGUUUCUUUGCGGAAAAUAUUUUGCAUGUUUUAAACCUCUCUGGAAGUGUUUACGAUGAAGAUGAUGUCAGUUUAAUUUAAAUCAAAGCUUUUUGCAAAGUUAGGGCGAGAGAGCCCUUGUGGCCUAGUGGUUAAAUCGUCACUUAGGAACAAAGGUUCCAGGUUCGAGUCUCGUCAGAGGAAAUUCCACAACAUUCCCAAAUCGCUGUAUCAAAUUACGGGAGCAGGCAUUGCCCUCAGCGGUUAGCAUCAGUCGUUUUAGUCCAUGAGGUCUUCGUUUUAGUCCAUUGGGUCUUCGUUUUAGUCCAAGGGGUCUUCGUUUUAGUCCAAGGGGUCUUCGUUUUAGUCCAAGGGGUCUUCGUUUUAGUCCAUAGGGUCUUCGUUUUAGUCCAAGGGGUCUUAGGUCUUAGGUCUUCGUUUUUGGGUCUUCGUUUUAGUAACACCAGUAAUAUCAAGCAUUCGAUACGGUGUUUCAUCACCAGAUGAAACACCAAGAAGAGAGUUGAAAAUAUGACGCGCAGCACUGCGUCUCAUGCUUGAUAUAUCACAUGACACUGACCCACCCUGCCAGCUGAGCAGAGCCUCCUUUUUUCUUCUUCUUCUUGAUCGAGGACUGGCCCCGUUCAUAGUUAGUUAAGUGCAAUGGUUAUCAAACCCGUUAGACUCCUUUGUUAUAUGUUUUUGGUAGCUUUUUUGGACCUGACCAUGCACAGCAUUCCUAUCAUUUUGAAAUUUCUCACCAAUAGUAACAUAAUUUGUAUUAAUUUAUCCAGUCACAAUAUGUGAACAAAAAACAAAGGAUUUUGCAUGGUCAGGGAGCUUCCAACAUAAACUGCAGCACUGUUGUUUUCAACUCUGGUAUUUACUGGCUUUCAUAACCAGUCUCGAGCUCCUCUGCUAACUAAUUGCCCUACUGGGAGGGAUGGGGGGGCUAUUAAAGAGGGAAGUGCACUUAAGCUUGGGUAGGAAGCUGCUGCUGAGCCCUUCAAAUGCUAAUGUCUUUUCUUUUCCCUCUUUUUAAGACAAUACACUAUGCCUUAUUUUGAAUCAUGUUAACCUGGGAUCAGGCUUUUUUUUUUCGGGGAAAUGGGAAAAAAAGAAAUGCCUGAUGCAUUUACUUCACGAGUUGUCUGCCACCCUCUAAUUAAAAGUAUCUCUCAACAUGUGUGUUAUUUUACCAGAUUUUACCGGAAAUUCAAGCGGUUUGUAACAAAGGCAGCUAUUAUCAAGCCAUGCAAAUUUAUUGUAACAAAAGAAGACAUUCCCAAUUCUCAAAUCAACUCCCACAAGUAAUAUUUUAAGACUGGUUUGUGACAUCAGCAUGGUAGUAGUGACGUCAUGUGAGAUGGUCUAUACUCAGUCUUGAUUCUGACAAGUCAAAAAUAUGGCAUUAUUUUUCAGAUUGAUGUAGAUGGUCCAGAGGAUACCUCACUUGAUGAGAUUCUUUCCGUAAUGGAUGAGAUACAAAAGGAGUUAAUGGACGAAGGUCAGAACUCGUGAUAGAUUCUAAGCUCUUGCACAUUGAAUCUUAGGUGUAUCAUGUUACAUGUAUAUCUUACAUACUACCAUCUUGUCUUUGACCACUGUAAUGCUGUCUGGGGUAGCCUGAAUAAAGGGCUAGCAAGCAAAAUUCAAAAGUACCAAAACAGGGCAGCCCACAUAAUUACCUCACAGGUGUAUGAAACGAGAUCAGCAGAUCUCCUUAAAUUUCUUGUUUGGGAUAAUUUAGCCAUAAGGAGGGACCAAUUGCUUUGCCUUCUUAUGCAUGAUGUCAUAAUCAAAAACGUGCCUGAACUAUAUCUGAGUGAACUCUUUCCAAUGAGCUGCAAAAGCAAUCCCCACAAAUCUUGCCUUGUAUGCACUUACAUACAAAACUGCUCUGUGAACGCUUUCAUAUGUUUAGUAUGAUACUUACUUCUUUGCCUGAUCACAGAGCGAAACAUUCUUGCUCAGUAUGAAGAAAACCUCAAGUUUGAAGAAGCCUCACUUUGUGCAGCUAUUGAAUGUCUUAGAACUGAUGAUGUGAUUUGUCCAGUCUGCAAGAGGUUGGUAGCGUCAAUCUAUGAACCAAUCACUAUUGAUUUGUUUUAUGCAGUAGAUUAAUACAAGUUUACCUAAAUGUUUCAUACAGUAUCAGUAACAUAAAAGUGGUUGUAAAUUUAUGCAGAAUCAUCAAAAUCAUUACGGAAUCGCGCCUGUAGAUACGCGUCGCUUGUAAAUGCAGAUUUUUCUGUCAAUCAAAUGUGUCCUAUUAUUUGUGGGUGGAAAUUGGUGAAACAUCGUUAUUGUUUUGGAGACAAUAGAAGAACAAAAGGUAACAGAAAGAUCAAGUUAUGCGGUCUUAAAGCGUGUUGCGUGACUUAAAUCAGUUGUAGCAUUUCUCUUAACUUUCCCGCAUUAAAACGUUAGAAUGAAAAGUCUGAAGCUUAGCUUUUAAAAUCUCUAUAGCCAAAAUAAAGAGGGUGCCCCAAAAGGCAAGCAUUUGGGAAUUCAAACUCGAUAUUUUUGUCUCCAGCGAAAUCCGGCGGAUGAACAGUAAUUUACAUAUAAGCGUAAGUGAAGCGAAAUAGAUACAAAUUGCCGUGGUUGUAAACACAACGUUUCCUCGAAGUUAUUUUCCUUUUAAAAGCGUAAAUUCGCAUGAAAGAGCUUAGCUUGCACAAAAUAAUUUAAAAUGAAACGAAUCAAUUCAAAAAGUGGUAAAAAAAAGUCAGGAUAUUUCAGUUCGAUGGAAAGUAAGUGAUUGGGUAGGUGAUUUGCAUACUGAUAAAAACAACGUCUAGCGCAGUUCAAAACCGUUCGGCUUCCUGAAUUGUUUUUCUGGAAUUCUGUACAUUCUGCUGGCCCAAAUCGUUAAAAUAUCUUAUGAAGUCAAAAUAUUUUUCAAGUUGAGAGUUUGCGUUUCCUUAUAAAACAGAGAGUAGCGCGAAAGCUUCUAUCUAUAGAUUUUCUUAAGUUAAAUUACCUUUGUAUCGUGGAAACAAUACCCUAUAACACUUGAGUCUUCAAUCAAAGGAGGCGACAUGCGUCGGCUUUCUUUGUGAGCGCGCAAACAGUCAUGGGACCCGCGAUUUUGCGGGCGACGCGGAUCUAUAGGCGCCAUUCCGUAAUGUAUGAGAACCGUUAAUUUGGAAAUCACAAGUGUUGAGCUGGACAAGUGAAUACGUUUUAUUUUUUGUUUUUGUAUCUGUUUCCCCUUGUUAUCAGGAAUCCAUUACACCAGAACAAACAGAUCAUUUUUUGUGCCUGUGGACUGAGAAUUGAUACUGAGGUGAGAUUAGAGGACACUGUGACAUACAUGAUAUUUUUGCUUUUACCCCAUAAUGAUGACUGUAGAAAAAAUGUUGUAAGGUCAUUCCAGAGAUCCAUGUGAUCUAUUUCGUGUAAAAAAGCACACUUGGAUAUUGAUGAUCAUUUUGCCUGUAUGUUCUAGUAAAUAUCUUUCAUAGUUGUUUAUUAUAUAUGUACUGUGACAAGCUAUGUCAUACACUUUCAUAUGCCAGUUGAUUCUUGCCCCCACCCCCCAGAUCAGAGGAGCAAACAAUGUUUUUCACACAUGAAAAAAAAAACACAUCCAAUCAGAAUCGCAAACAAUAGGGCCAUUUAUACGAGGAAAAAUAAGAUGCGUCUUACAUAAGAUGCAUUUAAAUAAGACGCGAACUUUCCGUAUAAACGGCACAUUUCGUCUAAAAUAAGAUGCGGCUUAGCUAAGACGCGUCUUAUUAGAUAAGACAUGCUCGUAUAAAUGGUACAGUUUGCGUCUUAUUUUUCCUUGUAUAAAUGGCCCUAAUGUUUUUUCCCAUGUGAGAAAAUGAUAGGUCCAAUCAAAAGCCACAUUGGUGUGUGAGUUUCAUGCCAAGUUUUCCACCUUGCAGCACUCUCUCGCUUACAUGCAUGUGCACUUUCCAUGAACUAUUCUUUAUACGGUACACUGUUUGUUAAGUUUGUUGCCAUGGUUAACAUAGUGAAAGCAAAAUAUAGUUAUCCUGUCAUAUGAAUUAUCCCAUUUUAAUUUUCACCACUGCAUAAGCAUAUUUUCUUUUAAAAUGAGUUUAUAUUUUGUUACCGAAAUUACUCUCACAGAAGGCAUAAACUUUGGCACAAUUAUGUGUUUUGAUUAACCUUGAUCUGUUGUCUUUGGUAGACUUGUUAACACAACUGUACUGAGGCCCAAAUAAUUUUAGAAUAAGUCUGUGAAAAUUAUGCUUGAGCAUACCCAAAUUUAAAAAAAAAACCUUUUAACUAGCAUGAUUAAAAUCUACAUAUUUUUAAGUGCGACAAAAUCUCAGUUCUAAAUAACAGUACAACAAUCAUUUUUCAUUAGGAUUUUGAAAGGGUAAAUUCUUAGGUUUCUACCGCAUGUUAAUUCUAUUUAAUAUUUCAAUGUUCGCUUGUUGAGAAUGAAUUUUGAAUUGUACACCUCUUCAAAUUUGUACCUCCCUUUGAAUAAUAUCCCCCUUCUAAGUGUAAAUCAGUACAUCAUAUGUUUAGUGGCAGGUGGAAAGAAAAUGUAUCUGCUGUUCCACACCCUCGUCCAAUAAUUCAUUUCUCCAUUGAAAGUUAGAAAGAUCCCGGGAUUCUUCUAGUGAUGGGAUUCAUGUACACUAACAGUAAAUCCUCCCUUGAUUUUUCUUGCUUAGUAUGAUGCAGUCAACCUGAUCUAUGUUAGAAACCAAAUUGAUGAGGCACUUGCAAUGCACAGGUAACUAUCCCCUGGGGGCACAGCUCCUUUUUUGCCCUAAACAGGUAUGUGCAACAAAACAGGGUGUGUUUUUUGGGGUUCUGCUGACUUUUGAACAGAGUAACACGUGUCUUUCUGGACCAGGAACCUCGGAGCAGGGUGUAAAUGUUGAAGGUGCACAGUCUACAUGUGUGGCAUCAACAAUAUUUCUUAGAAUCUAAUUCAAUGUUGUCACUUUGAAAUAACACGUAAUUUUCUGUUGUAAGUUUCAUGAAAAAAAAAGGUAGAAAAAUUGAACAGGGUCAGGAACUUGGUAGUUCACCCUAUCUUUUACCUGGGUUAUGUUAUCACCAUUAGCCUUAAGUGUCAGAUAUCUCCUCAACCCCCCCCCCCUUAUGGGCUGCUAGGCCAUUUGGAGGGGGUGGGGCAAAGAGACAGCUGAUGCCUCUGACUAUAACCAUAUUAAAUUUUGUUUAAUAGCUAUUUGGAAUGAACCAGUCAGUACUUCUCUUUUCACCCUAAAAAGGGAACAACCUUGGCUAGCCCAACAGGCAACUUGCCAGGAAAAUACUCUAACAGGGUAGUGGCUCUUGGUCAGGGCUUUUAUCAAAUUCUGAUGUGGCAAUACUUAGUGAGGGUUUUUCUUACAGAGAGGAGCAUUGCAUGGCAGAGCCUGAAUUUUGUUCAACAUUUGUGAAAGAACUGGGAGUAAGCAAUCUAAUUUCAAUAUGCAAGGUAAGAAACGUAAUGUUUGUUUAAAAAAACUCCUGAUUACACAAGAGAACUGUAAAAUUUGAAAUACUCGCAGGAGUAGGAGUAACUACAGCUAAUUAAAUGAAGACAGUAAAAUAAUAAUUAUUUUAUCGUCUUCCACCCAUCUUUUGCAGUCCUGGUCAUACCCAGUGUCUAACUUGUGCUACGCAUGUAUUUUCAUGCUUUUCUUUCAUUUUUCUGCUCCAUGCUUGGUUUUUGCAGCUCAAUUUGUUGCAUUACCCAUCAUUAUAGUAUAAAAAAGAGAGAGACAUGAAGUGAGAAGGAAACAGAAACUGAAAAGGAUUGUCCUCUCUUGGACUCAACUUGAUAUCUUCUCUUCAUAUAGAACACAUUUGGACAACCAUCAUUUUGUGAGUUCAAUAUCUUUGCAGGUCGUGUUUGCACUGCAUACUCAUUGCAGACCUACAUGCUAUUUUUUCUUCUUGCUUUGGUACUUGAUGGUUUAGAAACGAGGAAGAGAAAACUGGAGUCGAAUUAUGUCCCAUGAUUGUCUCUGGGAUUGUUACUGGGGACUCGCUGGACAGCUAUUGGCCAAUUAUUUCCCCUUCCCUAGUAACGGUCCCAGAAGUCUUUGCAAAAGUUAACUCGCCUCAGUAUACUUCUUGUUUCUAAAGCGGUGAAUUUUCACCUUUAGAGCUGCUACCUGUAAUCAUGUCUUCCUUUAUCUCUAUAUGUCCCUUCCAAAAACGAAAAGGAGGAAAAAGAAUGGAAAAACCACAAGAUUGCAAAUUUUUAAAUCUGUACCCUCAAAAUGAAGUUGUUGUUUUUUUUUGCCACUCCUUUUUACCAUCGCAUUAUUGUUAGGGGCUGUCCACACUUAACCAGGCAGAAAAUGGUGUUGUGUUCACACCUUGAUUACCUGAUAUGCAACUACAGGUGUACAUGAUUACUCCAUCUCACCCUGUCAGACACCAUUUUGAAACUUGAGCUUAGCAGUGAGAACAAGGCGGUGGACUGCCCCAGAACUCACUAAAAACGGUGUGCUUACAAGGACCCAUAGACCUUGUACUCGGACGCUGGCACUAUGCCCGAAUGCUUGCUUGGGUACUUGAAGUUUGGAUGUGUUUACAUUAGUGUCCAGCAAGUACCGUACUCGGGCACCUUGCCCAGGCACCAGGUGUGAACCCUGCCUUAGAUUCCUUAUGUGUUCAUGUUGUUCUUUUUCAGGCCUGUGAAUUUAUGUACAUUGUAAUUUGAAACAAGAGAAGGGUAGCAGCCUUUGAGGACAUCUCGCUUUGAUUACUCUAUCAAGC